CUUCUCUUCGUCAAUCCCGUCACCCAGCGCCGUUGCGGAACUCAGUCGACAACAAUGCCUCCCAAGUCCGGAAAGAAGGCCGCCCCUCUGCCCUACCCCCAGGGCAAGGCUGGUUCUAAGAAGGCCCCUAAGAACCCUCUCAUCGAGAAGCGCUCCCGCAACUUCGGCAUUGGCCAGGACAUCCAGCCCAAGCGCAACCUCGGCCGUUUCGUUAAGUGGCCCGAGUAUGUCCGUCUUCAGCGCCAGAAGAAGAUCUUGAACCUCCGUCUCAAGGUCCCCCCUGCCAUUGCCCAGUUCCAGAGCACCCUGGACCGCAACUCCGCUGCCCAGACCUUCAAGCUCCUCAACAAGUACCGCCCUGAGACCAAGGCCGAGAAGAAGGAGCGUCUCCUCGCUGAGGCUACCGCCGUUGCCGAGGGCAAGAAGAAGGAGGAUGUCUCCAAGAAGCCCUACCACGUCAAGUACGGUCUUAACCACGUUGUCGGCCUCGUUGAGAACAAGAAGGCUUCCCUUGUCCUCAUCGCCCACGACGUUGACCCCAUUGAGCUGGUUGUCUUCCUUCCCGCUCUCUGCCGCAAGAUGGGUGUCCCUUACGCCAUUGUUAAGGGCAAGGCUCGUCUCGGUACCGUUGUCCACAAGAAGACCGCUGCUGUCCUCGCUCUGACUGAGGUCCGCUCUGAGGACCAGUCUGAGUUCGCCAAGCUCCUCUCCACCAUCAAGGAGGGCUACACCGACAAGUACGAGGAGUCCCGCCGUCACUGGGGUGGUGGUAUCAUGGGCGCCAAGGCCGUCGCCCGCCAGGAGAAGAAGCGCAAGGCCGUUGAGUCCGCUGUCAAGAUCUAAACUAGUCCAUAUGUCUAGUCUAGUUCCGCAAGGACGGGUUUUCCAACGAUCUUAAUGACAAAAUUUUGCGCUCCGGAUACCAAAAAUUG